GGGGACAAGGUAGGUUCCUGAAAGUUGCCAAGAACACAACUCCUACUUUUCUAUAUAUGUCUCCCUACUCUACAUGCUUUUAAUUUCAAUUCAAUCUUUUUCUUCAAAUCAUGUCUUCUUCGCCGGAAAUUGAGGACUCUUGUAGUUUCUCCGGCCAAAACUUGCCGGUGAAGGCUCCGGUGAAGUCCAGUUUUUCCCGGACUUGUAAUCUUUUUUCUCAGUACUUGAAGGAAAAUAAUACUUUCCCAGAUCUAACCCUUGGUAGGAGGGCACCACCAGCAGCUGCUACCAUGAAUCUGUUCCCGAUGGUUGAAACUCCUCCACGUGCCACCGUCGAUCAACAACCCAAGCAGCAAGAUCAGUCGAGAACGAUGACUAUAUUCUACAGCGGUCAGGUCCUUGUGUUCGAUGAUUUAGCUCCGGAGAAGGUUAAAGAAAUCAUGAAACUAGCUGAACAAGGGGCUGCCAAGAAGGCCCCAAAACCAGAUGAACCUUCCAAGAACAUUGUUGUCUCAGGAUCUGGGCUUCCGAUUGCAAGAAGAAAUUCCAUCGCUAGUUUCUUGAAGAAGAGGAACGAUAGGAUCACGGCCCGAUCGCCUUACCAAGCUAAGGAUGUUUCAAAGCAAGAUGACAACAAGACAUGGUUGGGACUAGGUGCAGAAUCUCAUUGAUCGAUGAAGCAUAUUUGGUUAUAUAUAUAUAUAUAUAUAUAUAUAUUUAGGAUGGUGUUUUUAGUUAUGUUCGUACGAAUGGAAGGUUUAGUUGUGGAAUGUCUAACCUGUUUUUACGUCUUUCUGGAUUUGAAAGAUGUUUUGAAAUGGAUUUUCUACAUGUGAUGUGUAUGGUAUAUUGUUAUUUCUUGUGUAUACGAAAGCAUACAAGAUUCAUUACGUAACUUGUGGGUGCGGGUGGAUCUUUACGUUGAGGAACCAAGACGUGUAAAAUAGUAUGUGUUUUAUAUAUAUGUGUGACAUUUGAGUUA